ACCGACUCUCUCCCCCUUAAAAACCCGGUGAGAUCUUGAUGAAUUUCUUCUUCUUUUCUUGUUAAAUCACAAGAUUUGGGGCUUAGAAUCUUCCCUCUCAACCCAAAAAAUCUCGGUUCUGCUCUGUUCUUCUCCCCUGUCCGCCGGCUGCUGUGUGUGUGUGAGAUUUUUGGGCUUUUUCUGAGCCGUGAGCAUCCCCCUUGCAAUUCCAUCAGCCCCUAUGCUCGCCUGGUGCGGGUUCUGCUGGCUGGAAAAAAGAAAAGGAAUUCUGGUUCUUAAUCGUUCUAUCAGUUUAGCACUGAGAUCAAGUCUUCGGUUUUAUGCGAGUGAGGUAAGUAAAUUAUGGUAAAGGCCUUCGAUCUUAAAGCAUGUUUUCAAUUGUUUUUGAGAUGGUGGCAAGGUUUAAAUUGAUUUUAUCAACAUUUGAGUGUGGUUAAACUGAAAUGAAAAUUGUGAUGAUUUUUAUGAGAAUUUCAUUGUUUUUCUAGAAUUGAGCAUGAUUGGAAUGAAAAUGAGGAUUUCAUUGUUUUUCUGGAAUUGAGUAUGAUUGGAAUGAAAGCAUGCUAAAAUUUUUACUCACGGGCUAUCCAUAUUUACUUACUGAGUUAUCUCAUAGUUUUCCUUGUCCACCAUUUCAGGAAGCGAAACUGAGGACAGGAAACCAAGGGGAGUGACGAGUUAGAAGGCUAGCCAUUUUUAAAUUGAAUUGCAGGAAACUAAAUACAUCAAUGGAGAUGUUCAAAACAAAAUAACAAAAAUCAGAGCUAAAACUAAUGGCAGCGUAGAGCUACAGACUAAAUUAGGAAAGCUGUUUGGGGAAACUGGAUCUAAACUAAGACAUUGCUUGUAAAAUUAAAAUGUAGAUAACACUAGGCUAGUUGUGUGAGAGGCUGGUCUCCUUCGCUUCAUUUCUUCUUUGCAUCUUUAUAGCAGUAAACACCCUUGGCAGCAUGCUUGGAAAUCUGUGGCAACAACUUGACAAUCAACAGCAGCAUGAAAUCUGAAACAAACUGAUUAUUCUGUUGAUUCUGCCAAUUAUUCUCCUGGAAGUUCGCAACAAACCAACAACCUUGCUGUAGUUGUGGAAAUAACUACUCAACCUUAUCCAGAGAGAUUUACUCCAACAACUUUCAACUAAUGAAAUAUCUACCAACAUGGAUGACACGUGAAAUCAUUAUACUAUUUUGCAAAAAUGGGUGUAAACACUACCUUUAUAGUUUUGUUUGUUCUCUUUCUCUGCCUGAAUCUUACAAGCAUCAAAAAGGCAAACAGAAGUAGUCCCACUGAACCUCCAACAGCACCAAUAAUCACUGCUUUAUUGCUUUUGGAACUUGAAAAUUCAGAAGCUGCAAGUCUGAUAUAGUAGUUUUCCCUUUACUCCACCACCUGCAAGCUGUUGUAGAUUCAAGAGAUCCCCAUACCAAACUGAACACCCAUUGUUCUCAUAAGCACAAGCAGUGGAGGAGCAGUUCCUCAGGCAGGUGGAUUCACACUCCCGAUGCUUCCGGCCGUGGCAGUUUAUGGAUGCCUCGGUAAUGCCAUGUUGGAGUUUACUCAAAAUUUGUCACUCUUCCCAUUAACGUGACUUUGAUUCUGGCACAGCAGUUGGGUUUUCCUCACACAUCCACCAGAAUAAUCUUUCAAGUCCCAAUCAUGGUCCGAUUUUGGCUCAAACCCUUGCAUGCAGUUACAAAAAGGCAAAGCAUUCUCAUGGCAACUGCCAAAUGCCCCACAAAAUGUAUAAACCUCACACUGUUGUCUAGGCUGUGACCAGAACAAAUUCCAUUUCUGGGUGCUCUUCAACCAAGACAACUGCUUAACCUGUCCUGAAAUAUCCAUAACAAAUCUAGAUACAAUAGAAGAAUCUUCGAUAGAAUAUGUGAAAUAGCUUCCAUUUUCGUUGUCAAUAUAGCUAAAAUCGUAGAUGUAUUUCAAUAUCAUUUCAGGAACCAAGUUAAAGAUCUUUCGUUCCCAGUCCCAGGAUCCACUAGUCCAGUACCGUUCAGACCUGUUCCACCGUAUGAUAUAUGAAUUGGACCCCUCUGGAUCAAGCUGAAUAUAAAAGAGUCCUGGAGUAGGAUCCUAAGAAUUAUUCCAUGAAGUAAGAAGUCGGUUUUGAUUAGUCUUCUUGUCAAACCUGAUCUUCAUACCAGGAAGCCAUGUAUCAACAGGAAAAUCAAAACUUUGCCAUAAA